AUGGUUGUUCCAGUUAGAAACCUGCCGCGCGGGAAAACGAAGCGCUCCAUCGAUGUCCCCGCCUUGCCGCUCCUGCACAGGGAACACUACCCUUUGGACGGCAGACCCCAAAGAGGUCCGGAGCACCUCCAGGCCUUGUCUCUUCCCUGGACUUACCGCCUUUCCUUCUGGCACUUGGAGAAUCUCUGCUGGCACCGGAUCUUCCAGAAGUGCCCCAUCGAUGUCAUCCCCGCCUUGCCGCUCCUGCACAGGGAACACUGCCUUUUAGACGGCAGACCCCAAAGAGGCCCGGAGCGAGACCCUCCCCCAUCCCGCCAACCCAGGGACCCUACCCCGAGAUCUCACUUGAACUCACUCUCUCCCAAAAUAACCCCGCAGGAGGUCUUCUCUAAUUCCAUCGGAAAAUUUUGGCAAAUGGACAUCACCUUUGGGAUUGUAAUUCUAACACAGGUUGGCAUUGGGUUUUCAGCAAAUGGAUUCGUCUUCCUGUUUUAUAUCCACAUUAUCUGUGCCAAAACCCAACUGAGCUCCUCUGACUCCAUCCUUGUUCACCUGACCUUGGCCAACACCAUCGUCCUUCUCACUGGGGGAGUCCUAAAUCCUCUGGAAGUUUGGAGCCUGGGAAAUUUCCUAGAUGACAUGGGAUGCAAAAUGGUCAUGUACUUCUACCGAGUGGCCCGUGGACUGUCCAUCUGCAGCACGUGCCUCCUGCGCGUCUAUCAGGCUGUCACCAUCAGCCCAAGAACCCACCGAUGGGAUAGACUUAAGGCUAAGUUACCCAACUUCGUCCUUUUCUCCUGCCUCAUCCUCUGGAUCUUCAAUCCCCUCUUUGAUUUUGGUGUGAUGAACAUGAGAGGUCCCUGGAAUGGCUCCAAUGUAAGAAUCAUGCUGGAUUUUAAAUAUUGCACAGAGGUCCCUGUCAGUGUGACAACCAAAUUGAUAAAUGCAGUUGUGGUCAGUACCUGGGAUCUGUUGUUCAUGGGCUUCAUGAGCGUGGCCAGUUGCUUCACGGUGUCCAUCUUGCACAGAAUCCAUCGGCAGGUCCGCCACCUCCACGGGCCCAGACGUCCACCGAAAGUGAUGCCCGAGGUCAGGGCAGCCAAGUGGGUUCUUGUCCUUGUAGUGCUCUACGUCCUGUUGUAUGGACGACAGACCAUCAUGUUCAGUGUUUUGCUAAACAGGAAAGAGAAUUCUCCAUGGCUGAUGAAUAGCCAUGUGGCUUUUUCCCUGACCUUCUCAGCUGUGAGUCCAUUCUUAAUGAUAUCCAGUGACCGGAGAAUAAGAACACUGUGGAAAAGAGAAUCUCCUCUUUCCAACAAGGCUCCCUAG